UGUUUAGUCAUUUUUUAUUUGUAUAUCAGAGACAUAUCUGUUUUUAACGUAGAUCUGCCCGUUUACGUCGCUUUGAUAGAUGUGCUUGGGCCACUUGUUGACAGUUUUCAGUUUUCGAGAAGACCAUCGUCUGGCAGUAUGACGUCCCCCUAUGCAGCUGUACAGUUCUACCCGGAACAUGCCUUCCAACGGAGACUGAGGGAGCCGGCAGCAUGUCUAUCCUGGGCUGAGGGAUCCUUUCUGGCCUCCAUGUCUCAGACGCCAAGCUCACAGGGAACCGACAUCCUCGGGCAGGAUGUCUUUAACCAGCUGCUGGAGAUGCUGGACCAGUCUGCGUUCCACUCUGUGCAGCCCAUUGAGCUCAACUUCUCAGAUGGUUCAAAUGACAGCUCUCCGUCCAACACCAUUCAGAUCAGCAUGGACUGCAUUACCAUGCACGGGUCUGAGGAGCACCUGGCAUCGCAGUACACAAACCUGGGGCUUCUUAAUGGAAUGGAUCAGAACGGAGGCUCGACCUCCACCAGCCCCUACAACAACGAGCACGCUCAGAACAGCGUAGCAGCACCAUCACCCUAUGCCCAGCCCAGCUCCACCUUCGAGGCCCUGUCCCCGUCCCCGGCCAUCCCCUCCAACACUGACUACGCCGGGCCACACACCUUCGACGUGUCCUUCCAGCAGUCCAGCACCGCCAAGUCCGCCACCUGGACGUACUCCACAGACCUUAAAAAGCUGUACUGCCAGAUCGCCAAGACGUGUCCCAUCCAGAUCAAAGUCCUGACCAACCCACCCCAGGGAGCGGUCAUCCGGGCCAUGCCAGUUUACAAGAAAGCCGAGCACGUGACCGAGGUGGUCAAACGGUGCCCCAACCACGAGCUCAGCCGAGAAUUCAACGACGGACAAAUUGCCCCUCCUAGUCACCUGAUCAGGGUAGAGGGUAACAGCCAUGCUCAGUAUGUGGAAGACUCCAUUACUGGUCGUCAGAGUGUUCUGGUGCCAUACGAGCCCCCUCAGGUGGGAACAGAGUUUACGACGAUUCUCUACAAUUUCAUGUGCAAUUCCAGCUGCGUCGGUGGCAUGAACCGGCGACCCAUACUGAUCAUCGUCACUUUGGAAACCAGAGAUGGUCAGGUUCUGGGCAGACGGUGUUUCGAGGCUCGGAUCUGCGCGUGUCCAGGCCGCGACCGUAAAGCAGACGAGGACAGCAUCCGCAAGCAGCACGUCAGCGACGGCACAAAGAGCUCUGAGGGUACGAAACGCCCUUAUCGACAGGCCUCUCACGGAAUCCAGAUCUCCUCCAUCAAGAAGAGAAGAUCUACUGAUGAGGAAGUGUUUUGUUUGCCUAUUAAAGGGCGUGAGAUUUAUGAGAUUUUGGUGAAAAUUAAAGAGUCUCUGGAGCUGAUGCAAUUCCUCCCUCAGCACACCAUAGAGUCGUACCGGCAGCAGCAGCAGAGCCUCCUGCAGAAACAAUGGGAUUUAUCAGACGAUCAGAAUUACAGGCCGUGUCCUCCUCCUCUCUGCUCCAGGAGCCCCCUGCCCCCCCAGCCCGCCUUCGGCUCCAGCUCCCCCCCACACGGCAAGGUCAACAAGCUGCCCUCCGUCAGCCAGCUCAUCAACCCCCAGCAGCGCAACACCCUCACCCCCUCCAGCAUGGCCGCCGGACUCACCGACAUGACUCCCAUGAUGAGCGCCCACAUCCCCAUGAACACAGACCUCAGCUCCCUGAGCCCCACCCACGCCCUGCAGCCCCAAUUACCCAUGGUGCCCUCCUCCCACUGCACACCCCCACCACCCUACCCAGUGGACAGCAGCAUCUCCAGCUUUCUGUUACGGCUGGGCUGCUCCUCCUGCCUGGACUACUUCACCACCCAGGGCCUCACCAACAUCUACCAGAUUGAAAACUACAACAUAGAGGAUCUCUCCCGGCUGAAGAUUCCCACUGACUUCCAGCACCUGAUCUGGAAGGGUAUCAUGGAGCAUCGGCAAAACAUGGAGUUCUCCCCCCCGCCGCACAUCCUGCGCACGUCCAGCGGCGCCUCCACCGUCAGCCUAGGCUCCACGGAGGCCCGGGGCGAGCGCGUGAUCGACGCCGUGCGCUUCACCCUCCGCCAGACCAUCUCCUUUCCCCCGAGAGACGACUGGACCGACUUCUCCUUCGACCUGGCGCCGGACUCGCGCCGCAACAAGCAGCAGCGCAUCAAAGAGGAGGGCGAAUGAGCUCGUAUUACACACACACACCCAUACCAUGAGUAAUGUACACACACUGCCAUGUACACAAACACUGUACAGUUUCAUCACGGGCUUGAUUUCACUUAAAAGUUUGGCGAUAAAUGCACUUAACGACUUUUUUGUUUUGUUUUGUUUUGUUUUUUUGGGUGUAUUUAGUUUGGUUCUGGUCAUUUCAAACCCCGAGUUACUGUAGCUUUAGGGUAAGCGGUGCUUUGCCAUUUUUGAGUUAUUAUACAAUUUCAAUUUCUUGAGACACAGCACUUCAGAAAUGCUGCCGUUGUUGUUCCUCGUUUGAGCUGUUCUCCAGUUGCAGCAGCUGAACGCAACUCAUAAUAAUCACAAUUUGCUGAAACUGGGUUUCCACCUAGUAAAAUGUAAUAAUUUGCACCAGAUUAAAAACUAGUUUUGCUGUAUCUUUAAGUUAGAAAAUUAAAUUACUGCUGCAAGCUCAUAUUUUUAAACUUGUUUUACAGAGUAUUCAAUAACGAUUUUAUAAAAAAAUACAAACAUACACAGUAAAAUAAUGUCAGAACUAAACUGUAAUAAAUACAGUUCACUGUCAUACAGUUAAAAAAAACUUUAUUUCUAAUUGAAAGUUUUAGUUCUUAUUUUAUUCCUGUUUUUUUACAGUGAUAUAUUAUGUUUAUGUUUACGUAAAAAUAUGUUUGCAAAAAAAAAACCCUAACCCUAAUAUGUUGCAGAAUAGGUACUAAUUAGUGUAGUAUUUAACUUAGUAUAAUAUUUCCUGCUUAUAUUGGAGGAAGUUUCUGAUUGGCUGCAGAGGGUUAAAACAUCAGAUUUAACACACUAUUAGUAUUAGAGACAUAAUGUAAGGUAUAUGUGGAGUUACUGAUGUUCUGCUCAUCACUAAUUUAACUAUGUUUAGUGUUUAUUUUAAGAUAGACUCUAUUUUCUAACCUUUGCUGAUUAAUCUUGCGUUCAGCUGCUGCAACUAAUACCUGAUUUUAUUGUGAGGGGCUUAUUUUUUGUUAGUUGAAUUUUACCUGGCCCAGGUGUGAUUUGUUUUGGAUUGUAAAGAACUGCUAGUACACCGAAUAGGAUUAAUAGUAUUAUACUGUGUGUUAAUCUGUUUGCUGUAACCAUGUGUUUCUGAACGGUGAAAUUUGUCAGGUUUGAUUGUAAACGUGUCUGUUUGGUCUCGGCCGAAGUUUUUCUUGUUCUAGUGUUUUUAUCUGUGUAUGGUUAUGGUUUAAGACUGAUGUCAUGUAGCUUCUGAUUACUACUGAACUACUGUAUCCUUUAGUUUCAAACUAAAUUUAUAAUGUAAUACUGCCGUGUCCAGAUUGUGACAAAUGCGAACUUUAACAUGCCGCAAGUAUUUGUUAUUUCUUACUUAUGAUAAAAAGGUUUUGUACAGAUGUUGUUGUUUUUUUGUUGAAAUUUGUAAAUAAUAUGCAAUGUACUUAUUUUGAUACAUUAUAAACCAAAAAAUAAAACUUCAUUAUCUUCAUUAUCCUACUAAA